AUGGCCGCGUCAGCCAAAUCGCUCCACCCGACACCGUCGGACCUCACCGUGCAGCAGUGCCACUAUCCCUGCCCCUGCGACGUCGAGUAUGAUGAUUCGGUGGAACUGUCCUUGCCUCCGCGACCGCCGAUCCCCAGGGAGCUCAUGGACGAUUUGGGCAUAGGUUUGGACACCGGCGACGUCGGCGAGAACGCGGACCUGUUCAGGCAGUUCAUGGCCCUGGAGAAGGAGCUCGACCUGCUUGAGUGCGAGGAGGAGGACCUGCGGAUCGAGAUCGCGGACCUGCUGCCCAUGGUUCGGCUCAUGGAGGCAGAGCACGAGUACCAGCACAAGACCAAGUGCGGCGGCGCCCUAAUCGUCGGCCACGUCGUCGAGGUUGUCGACGAGGGCCACGCUGUCGUGACCACCAGCGCCAGGCCCUUCGCCUUCUGCGUGCCCGUCCUCGGCGACGUGGACCGCGCGCUCCUCAAGCCAUCGGCCAACGUCGCGCUGUCAAUGUCGAACCUCGCGGUCGUCCAAGUGCUGCCGGCGGACUCCGGCUGGACCGUGCCCCUCGUCAAUGCCACCGAGAGGCCGAGCGUCACCUACGCGGACGUGGUCGGGUGCGAAGAGCAGAAGCGGGAGGUGCUCGAGGCCGUGGAGCUGCCGCUGACGCACCCGGAGCUGUUCGCCCGUGCCGGCGUGGAGGCGCCGCGCGGCGUGCUCCUGCACGGCCCGCCGGGCACCGGCAAGACCAUGCUGGCCAAAGCCGUCGCGCAUCACACGUCGGCGGCCUUCAUCCGCGUGAGCGGCUCGGAGUUCGUGAACAGGCACCCGGGCGAGGGGCCCAGGAUGGUCCGCGAGGUGUUCCAGGCCGCCCGCGAGAACGCGCCGGCCAUCAUCUUCUUCGACGAGGUGGACGCGAUCGCGGCGGCGCGGACCCGCGCCGACGCGCUGGACCCGGCGCUGCUGCGGCCGGGGCGCCUGGACCGCAGGGUGGAGUUCCCGCUGCCGGGGAGGGCGCAGAAGCGGCGGCUGUUCCAGGCGUGCACGGCGGGGAUGCCCCUUGACGGCGGCGUCGACCUGGAGGACCUGGUGGCCCGGCACGAGGAGAUGAGCGCCGCGGACAUCGACGCCGUGUGCCGCGAGGCUGGCAUGCGGGCCGUGCGCGACCGCCGGUGCGUGGUGACGCGCGAGGACUUGGAGGAGGGCUACCACGCCGUGGCCAAGCAUAUCGACCGCGGUGCUGACCAGUUCGCGUUCUACAGCUUAUAG